UUGUCGUGUUUCAUCUAAGUUAAGAUAAUCCAACAAUUUUCGAGUGCUAUUAAUUCCAUCGGUCAUCAGAUAUAAUUCAAAGAAAAUCGCAGGAAAAAAAAUUUCAUCAUGGGAAAAGAGAAAGUUCAUAUUAAUAUUGUGGUCAUUGGCCACGUAGACUCCGGUAAAUCAACCACCACCGGACAUUUGAUCUACAAAUGUGGUGGUAUCGACAAACGUACCAUUGAGAAGUUCGAGAAGGAAGCCCAAGAAAUGGGCAAAGGUUCCUUUAAGUAUGCUUGGGUAUUGGACAAAUUGAAGGCUGAACGUGAACGUGGUAUAACUAUUGACAUCGCUCUUUGGAAGUUCGAGACCUCUAAAUAUUACGUCACAAUCAUUGACGCACCUGGUCAUAGAGAUUUUAUUAAAAACAUGAUCACUGGUACUUCGCAAGCUGAUUGCGCAGUAUUGAUAGUAGCUGCUGGUACGGGAGAGUUUGAAGCUGGGAUUUCAAAGAACGGACAAACUCGUGAGCACGCUCUGCUAGCUUUUACUCUUGGUGUUAAACAACUUAUCGUUGGAGUUAACAAAAUGGACUCUACUGAACCACCUUACUCCGAGACCCGUUACGAAGAAAUAAAAAAGGAAGUUUCUUCUUACAUUAAGAAAAUUGGUUACAAUCCGGCUACGGUUGCCUUUGUACCAAUCUCUGGCUGGCACGGAGACAACAUGUUGGAAGUAUCCAGCAAGAUGCCCUGGUUCAAGGGAUGGACUGUUGAACGUAAAGAAGGAAAGGCUGAAGGUAAAUGCCUCAUUGAAGCAUUAGACGCUAUUCUUCCGCCAACCAGGCCAACAGACAAAGCACUCCGACUUCCACUCCAGGAUGUGUAUAAGAUUGGUGGUAUCGGAACGGUACCAGUUGGUCGUGUUGAAACUGGUGUAUUGAAACCAGGUAUGGUAGUAACGUUUGCUCCAGCCGGUCUUACUACUGAAGUAAAGUCUGUAGAAAUGCACCACGAAGCUUUGCCAGAAGCUGUUCCUGGUGACAACGUUGGUUUCAACGUUAAGAACGUAUCGGUCAAGGAAUUGCGUCGUGGUUUCGUCGCUGGCGAUUCAAAGAAUAAUCCACCAAAAGGAGCAGCCGAUUUCACUGCCCAAGUGAUAGUAUUGAAUCAUCCAGGACAAAUCAGCAAUGGUUAUACUCCUGUAUUGGAUUGCCAUACCGCCCAUAUCGCGUGCAAAUUUGCCGAAAUAAAAGAGAAGUGCGACCGUCGUACUGGUAAAACUACUGAGGAGAAUCCAAAAUCUAUUAAGUCGGGAGACGCAGCAAUAGUGAACCUUGUGCCAAGCAAGCCAAUGUGCGUGGAGGCAUUCCAAGAGUUCCCUCCGCUUGGACGUUUUGCAGUACGUGACAUGCGUCAAACAGUGGCAGUCGGUGUAAUCAAGGCUGUCAAUUUCAAAGACACAACAGGUGGAAAAGUCACCAAGGCCGCCGAGAAGGCCCAGAAAAAGAAAUAACUAGUUUCCGUAUGCAUGUAUCGCCGGAUGGGCUCCGGCCUCUUGUAGCUGAGGUAGUUGCUCCUCUUUCUUCAUGCCUUUCGUAUAAGAGGAAGUUUUUAUGCUCGACGUCAACGUUAACAACAAGAACAACAUUAUUAACAUCUAUUACAACAACAGUAAUCAAGGCAUUUCCUAUGAAAUUGCAUUCCGUUAAUAAAAAUAACGAGAGCAGAAUCAACAAAGGGUCGCGACGUUACGGAUUCUCCAAAUCUUCUAACGUCCAGAUUAUUAUUAAAUCUUUUUCACGUUUCUUUGGUAUUCGUAAUUUUCGUUUAUCAAAGCGUUUGCUUCGUCAUUUCUUCCAUCGUAAAGAAUUUCGUAGGAAAGGCUACGAGUAUAAAUUAAUUAUAUGAUAUAUAUAAAUAUAUAUAUAUAUAAUAUACGCUACGAACAUUAUUAAUAUCGAUUAAUAUUAAUAUUAAUAAUAAAAAAACAUUAACAACUAAAGCGCGCACUUCCUUAACUUGUACGAUUUACAUGAAUCUAAGAGGAAGUCCAAACUACGUAAGGCUAUCUCGCGAUAACGAGUUUCUUUGGAAAAAAAAAAACAUCAAGAGAAAAUUCAUAAUUUAGCUCGGCUUAAUUAUAUUUUCUAAUUAUUAUUAUUAUACGGAAAUAAUAAAAUCCUAUAUCUGUGACUUAUUCGAGAAAACAAAGCUAAACCAACAUUUUUCUCAUUACUAUUAUAUUUUUGUCGUUAUUACUGCUAACGAAAGUAAUCAUCAUCGUCAUCCUUUUUAUCCGAAACGCUUCCAUUCUUUUACUACGGGAAGUUUUAUUUAGCGGUGUCUGUUCUUUCCUUUUUUCUUUUUUUUUUUCGUCUUUUCCUCUAAUAAUUUUGAUAAAUAUCGUUUCCUUUUUUUGUUCUUCCAACUUUAAUUACAUAAAUCCGCGUAAGCACAAAGGUAAGCACGAUUCAUAUGAUCAAACCUUUAAUUUUUAAGUAUUACGCGGAAUAUUAUAAUGCAGUGUGUAGUAGGUUUUGGAUAGAUUUCGUUUUAGGUAUACGGGACCUGUUCUUUAAAUAUUCAUCUUUUUCAAUUAUAAGAUUAGGUAACAGUCUGAUUGUGUGCUCAAGAUAUACGUACAUACGUUGCAUAGUCCCGUAUGUUUAUUCGUAUAAGUACAUUUCUGCCUUUAAUAUAAAUGUAUUUAAAUUACAGACAGAAAUAUACAAAUUACAAACGAACUAUGGACUAUAUCGUACCCAUAUACUACACGUAAAAAUAACUUUUUUACAAUGGUAUACACUACUAUUAUUACUACUACUACAACUACAUAUAUAUAUAUAUAUAUAUAUUGCUUUUUAUCAAUGACAAUUUUCUUUUUACUCGAUCCACAUAGAAUUAUUGUUAUGUGGUGAUGGUGAAUCGUGUUAUGUGCAGGAGCAAGCAAUAUCUUUGCAGUAACUCGGCACUUUAAUCUUUGACACUUUGCAAAAUAAAUUGGUUAAGAAAAACAGUUUUUCUGUACAUAUGAAUAACGAUAAUAAUGAGUAGUAAAAGGUGAAUAAAGAAGCUACGGAAUCCAA